UCGCUGUGUGCCAUCGCGGCCGGCAGAUCGUAAGGGACUGGCUCGGUCGAUGUACGGUCGACAGAGCAGUGGGCUUCGUAGACAGGCAAUUUCUGCACCGUGUGAUACUGUGUGUCGACACGCGAAGAAAAGACCCAGAGAUCUCCCUUCUUUGGGAUACUGCCAGCGCAAGCCAUCGUGGCUACGAGUUGGAAUGAACAGAUUCGCCAAAACAUCCUGAAACCAGCGACGUCACAUUGUUGAUGACCGCCUUCCACAUACGUCGAGGACGGGUGGCCCAUAGCAGCAGUCCGUGAAGAAAUUUUGCGGUCCAACUGGCUGGCUUGCUGACACAAACGCCGUUCCAACUAGGAAUUUAUCUUUGAGACACCAACAAGCUAUAGCAGAGGUACACCUUUCUGGUCGCCGGGUUGUCACUUUCACAUUUGGCUACCUUCGCCAGACUCCACUUGCCAGCUACGCCCAUUUUUUUGGAGGAAGGAGGGAUUCCUCUUGAUCCAAGAUGGCCGCCAUCGAGGUAGAGAGAGACCAGGAGUUUGAUCUUUGCGCAGUACUAUCGUCCGGUUUUGACUGCAACGAAAACACCACCAUACCUCUGCCUGAGUUUACGCCUUUCACGGCGUUCAAGGUGGCCACCUUGGCCACCAUGAUCAUUUUCUCCACCGUGGGCAACGGCAUCGCCAUCGCCGUCACCUGCAAGAUCCGCGGCCGGCGGAAGUCCACUGUGACCACGCUGAUCCUGAACCUGGCCCUGGUGGACCUAGUGGUCACCUACUGCCACAUGCUCUUCCACAUGGUCUGGUACGCCGUCAACGUCUGGUUGGCCGGCGAUGCGCUGUGCAAGAUCGCCAAGUUCUUCUCCAGCUUCGGGCUGUUUGCCUCCUCCUUCAUCACCGUGGACGUGGCGCUUGAUCGGUGCCUGGCGGUACUCAAGCCGCUGGGCCAGCGCCAGAGACCGUUCCACAUCAAACUGCUGAUACUGGCGUCGUACCUUCUGGCCACCCUCUUCAGUAUUCCUCAGCUGUUCGUCUUUCGGGUAGAGCACUGGCCGUACGACCCGGACGUCGACUGGUGGCAGUGCGUCUUCUCGAGCGACCUGAGGCCGCCCUACGCUGCCGUCUACACUACGCUGGUCGUCAUGGGUCAGGUCAUCUUCCCGCUGAUCAUCAUGUUCGUCGCCUAUGGUCUCAUCUAUAACAAAGUGCGCCAGAAGAUUGUCAUGAAAGAAACCAGCGAGAAUCUUUCCGAGAUGCGACAAGCGCGCUCCAAGUUGUUCCUCCGGGCCCAGCGGCGCACCAUCCGCAUGGCCAUGGCCAUCUUCACCGUCUUCACCCUCAACUGGCUCCCUUACGCGUUCUUCUGCUUGUGGUACCUCUGGUUCCCCCACAACACCCUCCCAGACGCUGUAUUCGAGAUAUCUUUUCUUUUCGGCCUCACCAACUCCUGCUUCAACCCGCUCAUUUACGGCGCCUGCAACGUGCGCUACUGCCACAAGAUCUGCGCCUGCCUGGGGCUGCGGCCGACCUCCAAGUCGGUGGAAACCAGCCACUCGGAUGGCCGGUCCAACAACAAGACCACAAUGUACUCCGUCCGCUGGCAGUCCUCCAAGAGCGCCAACAACACGACGCGGGCGGGCAACAGCAGGAACAACAACAAGGAGAGCCGAUGGGGGAGGACACAAGCGGUGCCCCCCGAGAAACAGCAGAUGAUAACAACCACAACUUGAUCCAAGAGCCCAGCGUCGUUGUAGGGGAGGUGGGCAAUGUUAUCGGAAACGUGUAUAUAAUAAGGCAUUGUGGGUCCCUACUUCAUUGCCCUCUGUGGACGGGAGUUAAUUUGACGUGUUUAGAAUACUAUUCGUCAGAUCCGACGAGAUGUCAUCACAUCGAUGGCUCUGCUCAGGCAGAGCUUUGUUUUGUUCGUGUUUUGUUUUUGUUUUUUUAAUUUUUGCAUACCGUCUGCGUGGCACCACACCAAUAAUGCCUGCUAACCUGCUUGACAUUCUCAUGGCUUCAUGGCAUUGGAUGACGAAGAGAACGUUGAUAUUUUUUGUGUCAAGCAAAGCGGUCAAAUAUUAUUCAACACCAUUCUACAUGUACAUAGUUUUUCGUAAGUAUCUUCUUCUCAUGUCACAAGUCAUAUGUAUUUGAUAAAAUGCUUUGUAAAAUGAAAGCAAAAUUAAGAAGUUUAUUACAAGGAAAAGCCACCAUCUUUAAGAAAAGGGCACCUCUCGCCAGUCUGAAAAAUGAAUUUGAUUUGUCGGUACAGGAUGAACGAACUUGAAGUAUGAAUUGCGAUUGGCCAAUACUUGCUCCAGACCUUGGAACUCACACUCAUAGCCCAAGACCACCGACCCGACUACCCACUGUUGUUAAUGAACAGGCUUAUACAGCUGAAUUAUGUAGCUUCAGCAUCGUUUUGUUGGGUCAUGAUCACAAAGAAGGAAAACGGGAGUUCGGUCGAGCUGAUUUAAGGAAUCUAGUCGGUAUGAGCAGAAGUAUUAGUGCUAUGGGUGUUUGGGAUUCCAGUCCUAGACGGUUCUUUUUUAUAACAUUUUUCCCUGUUUUGUUGUUCUUUCCCAUGGUAAAAUAUCUAUGUUGAAAGAUUAUCAGAUUAAUUGCCCGAAUCUGUUUCAUUUCAGUUUUUUUUAGUCGAGGACAGAAGUGCAAUCCAUUGUGUUCUCGGUCAGGUAAUAUCAUAAUAUAUUUCGGCCAUGUUCCUAACGUGGCAUUUCUGUAAAAGCUUUGUUUAUUAACAGGGACGGAUUAUCGGAUCGGGUGGACCGACAUGUGGAAAGGGAUGUAUGUUUUGUCGGUACACGUUUUCCAUCAGGUUGGGCAUAAAAAAUGGACUGCUUGUUUGUGGUCCAGUCCCGUCCAGUUAUGGAUGUACGGAUCACCUUGAAAAUGUUGUCUGAAAGCUAGCCUGAGUGGAUGAGAGUUUAACGUGAACAAAAUGCCCACGUGCAAUUUGCUGAUUUACACAGUAUAACCUUUGAUGGGCCUGUGGAGUUGACAGAUAUUUAGUAUAGCUCGUUAAGUUCGUCUUUAAGACCCAGUAUCUUUUUACCCAAUUUUUGCAUCGUCACUUGACAGUUGUUCCCGGGUUUUUUUUUUUUUCCGGUUGACUUGAAUUUCCAUAUGCAUAUGAAAAACUGUGACGUCAUCUUAAGCAGAGGUUUCCAUGUUGCAGCUUCUCUGUCAUCCAAAGUUUUUAUAAUUGUUUAGUUUGAUUUUUGUCUUUGGUUUGGUUCUGAGUUUUGCUGCGGUCAGUGAUUUAUUUUUAUUAAUUUUUUUAUUAUUUUUUUUGGUGAGUAUGUGUUUCCCCAAGGCUUCAUUGUUCAGUCUUUACAAGAAAGUCAGUCAGGGAGCAGGAUACCUGUAUAAAAAUGUUUUGGUGAGGUAUAUUUUGGGUUCAUAAUUUCUACAAGAUACAGCAAAUCUGCAGUCGUUAUGGGACAGUAUUACUCUUCUGAAAAAGGGAACUUUAAAAGUCAGAACUAAAGAAGGUUAAUCCAACAUGGCUCACAGGAACAGAUACUUUCCGAAAGUGCGUUUCAUUGUGAUUUGAUCUGACCCGAUUCUGAUAGUUUUAUGACUUUUUUUUUACAACGUCAGCGUUGUCGAUCCGGCUGGGGCGCACUGCUGUAGGGGUCACACAAGUUUUGCACAUGACUUUGAAGAGACCCGUGGUAGUUACUGUUUGACGGGUAUAGCUUAAAGAGCGAACAUUCCCACCGUCGCGUCUAAUGAACUCUCGGCUCACGGUCAUGGCUCGCGACGCCUUGUCAUCCAUUAAAAACGCCGGAAUCAUCCGCCAUCAAGAGAAGGAUGGCAGUGCGCCUAGCCAAACUCCACCGUCGCAGAGAAGAUCAAAAUUUGCAACGCUUGGCACCCCUCGAAAUGAAAGAUUCAUUGAAGUGAAUUGACUCCUUGCAAAAGUAUGACGACCAGAGUGAUCAACUCCCAAAUAACCUUUUCCGUUCUGCCCAUCUCAAGGCAGGUGGGGGGGUCCGUCUGCCCCCCCCCCCCCCAGAUCUCGGCCGUCAAGUCUUCAGUGGCAUCUUGGUGCGCAUGUACAGACAUUAAUUAUGAACACAUCUGUGAAAAAUGUAAGGUUAAGUCAACCAUCGGCUUUCUUGUUAUGGUAAUAAUAGUCGUAAUGAUUGCCCAUGGACAAUGAUUGAGUUUAAGGUUAUGCAGAUUUUAUUGUAGCAAACAGAUAUGUCGUAGAUAGUGGCGUCGGGACGCUUGAACGCUUCAUCACGGAAACCGGUUGGCAUCGAGAUUCCAGUAUUAAAGUAAGAUUGGAGUUGUUUGUGCGUUAAUUUCCAUUAAUUUUUUGUCUAAAAGCGAAGAUUGUAUGUGGAAAUGUCGGCAGUGUAAAGUUCGGAGACUUUUUGCACAUUUUUUAGGAUAGUUUUCACCUUUUGCACACGCUUCGUAUGUAUCGCUUGGGAAAGUUUUUUUUCACAGUUAAUCUUGAAGUUAAUUAUUUAAAUAACCUUGUAUUAAGUUUUUCCUUUCAGUUCGCAGAUGCACUGAACAAAAUAAAACCCCGAUGGCCCGCCAUCUUUUAAUUUCGAUACCGUGACCAUAAAGCAGAGAUAACAAGUCGAAGGGCAAUCUCUUAUAUAGCCAAUUUAACGGCUCUUUACCCUUUACGUUUCAGUCAAAUUUGUUCGGUUAUGAAGUAACAACGAGCAAAUAUAUUUCCUGCAGGAAUUUAAGGGAGUCAAUAUAAGAGAAGGGAGUUGUAGUUGUUGCAUAGCUGCCAUCUUGCAGACUAGCGCUUUUGCUCCACAAGGUAUGCACAAAGGUUUCCCUGUGGAACAAAAGAACUGCCCUGUAAGAUGGCUUCCAAGCAAAGCCUCUAUUGUCAGAGUUGGACGCCUCAAGAUUGUAAACUGAGAGUCAGACGUUCCUUGGGCUGAGCGAAACGGCUGACUUAUUGCGUGGCGCUCAGGGAAAGUCUCGUGCGACCCACCGCGCUCCAGGCAACCGUAACCGCUGAUCAGAAAUGGCAGCGUGGCUGUUGAUUGGUCGAUUGCUGUCAGCCGAUUCUUCCGUGGCGUAGGCACUCGCAAGUACGUCAUAAUUUGGGGUCAAGGCGCAGAUGUCGUGACUGAAUAAUUAAUCGCCUCAUUUGCAUGCAUUAUGCAGACGUUCGCAGUGUGAACAUCUAUUAAUGUGAAUGUCUGUCAAAACAUUACAGAAGGAUUGGACCGUAGCUAAGAUGCUACACAAGGUAAGACGUAAGGUCCAAUGUAUAAACUGCAUCCUUGAUGUCGCAUACAUUAGAUUUAUCCCAUCCAUAAUCGUAUUCCACAGUAAGACCUUACACUACACCUCAGCUAGUGUCGCACAAAAUGUCAAAGGUCAAAUUAAACUUAAGUGCAUAAAUGAAAAGUGCAGUCCAGCAAACUUGGCCACGAAAUAGCUGUUUCUUCGAAUCUUUAAGUGCAUGACUAUGUGCUUCAGCGUCCAAACAAAGAACGUGCUGGAGCUGCUGUCCACAUUUGCCGCAUGGUCCAACGGGCGGUGCUGUUUUACUUAGUAACGGAGUUCCACUUUUCUCCAGCUUGUUUCAUGCCUCUUGGGAUUGCUGUCUUCCACAUUCUGUCGUCCAGUUCAAGAAAGGGGCAGUGUUGCAUGCGUCAUGUUUGUCAUCGCCUGCAAACACCGUCCAAGGAGUUGGACAUGUCCCCAUUCUCUGCAUUUGAAAAGUGGUGAGCGCAGAAUAUGAAAUGACGGAGAACCCGCAGCCAUUGACAGAAUCACCACAAAUUUAUCACUGCAAUCAAUUCUCUUAAAUUUCACUUCUUACCAAGCCAUUGUUCAGUGUGCAAUGCCCCAAGUGUCUUGUGGCGCUACCUUGUCCGGUUAUUCAACUCAAGCGUUGCGCUGUCAUCGCUAUAUCCUACCCAGGCGCGGUGCUCAAUGUCCCCAGUGGAGCGUGAAUAACACGCACGCUCGUUGAUUUUGUAUUAUACACCUCCCACAUUAUGUGAUGCGUUGUGUCAGAGACCACGUAAAGUUAACAAGUCAUGUGAAUAUUGAUUUUAAAUACAAAUAUUUUGGUUCCUUGUUAUGCACUUUGUACGUAAGCUUGUAUUCGGGGAUGACAUUUUAACCAGGUUAUUGUGUAUAUUUUUUGUCAAAGUGUAAAUAAAUCGUGGACGAUUGUCGACAAAACGCAUAUGUAUCAUAAAAAAUACACCGUUAUGAAGCACAGUUGAGCACAAUUGAAAUAAUUUAUUGUUGGUGGAUAUUUUAGUACAAUAAAGAGGACGAGGUAUAUCGAUACACUUCGAGAAAA